AUGUGUCUACCAGAUGGUGCACAUGCUUCCGAAGAAGAGUUUAUUUAUUUUCACCUCCCUCCGGUUCCUGCCUGGAAAAAAUACCCUCAGUCAACCUUGUUUGGCUUGGCUUGCUUUCGUCAAAUUAAUGCCGAGGAUUUAGUCAAUAAAACGGCUGAUGUUACACGAACCAAAGUUCAAAAGGCCGUUGUUAUAAUUGCUACCCAGCCAAUCCUUGGUUCCAUACGCAGCAAGUUGGGACUUGUAACACAGGCUUUUUUCGCACAGCGAGAUUUUACAAAAAUCGAAAUUCUGGACACAUUAUACGAAAAUUUGGACACUUCUGUCAAAAUGCCCUUUGCAGACAACACUCUGUAUUCUGGAAUUUCUUUGCGAGAGCUUUUAUUUAAAUUUCGACAUAAAACUUUGCAGCUUAUUUUGGUUUUUGGACAAAAAGUGGAGCGAUUGUCGGCAUACCAGUAUGGAUUGAUUUCACUUUUUCCAGAGCUUUUGAGGCAUUUGGAGGAUGUAGGCUCUCCAGAAUUAGACAACGUUGAUAUUAAAAUAAGGCCACAUAGAAGAUCUACUCUUUUGUCUUCUACAAGAUCCAUGGAUCUUCUCAGGCAGUAUCAUUCUGAGGCACACAAAGCAAAAAUGAUUCAGCUUGGACAUCCACUCAAAAUAUUUGGCAAAAACUCCUUCUUUCAGCCUUACAUUCCACUUCAACAGAUUGAUUUAAUCAUGUCGCCAGAAACCAAAUCUUUUCUUGUCGGGACAAGCAAUUCGAUAUUCACUCACCAUCGCGGAUGCAGUCUGGACGCAGUGGCUUAUGCCGACAGCGGAAAUCUUGAAUUCCCCAAUCCACAAAUGGCGCAGCUAGUCAGCUUAACUGCUGCCGAUCGCAAAUUUAUGGAUGGCAAGUAUAGUAUUGCACCUAAGCUAUUAAAACCAUUGCUUGCAACAUGGACUGCCGAAGAUGACAUGACUAUGAAUCAGCAAAUUGAGUUUGAGGGAAGUGACGAAGAUAUCAGGUCAAGGUUUGAAGUUUACCUUACACAAAUGCUUGCUUCAGUAAAGUAUAAUCAUGAUACAUUGCCAUCGACCUUGGAACCUGGAGCAAAAAAACUUGACUAUGUUUCAGAGUAUCACAUGCCAUUCAUCAAAGCAUGGGAAGCUUCAGAUAGCUACCAUACAUGGAUGAGUGUUGUAGACAAGGACGCGCUUCAAAUGAUCAAUCCUGGUCACCCAUUCCAUGGAUAUUCUGCCCUUGGUGAAAUAUCAACUCAUUUUUCUGCAAAGCUAUCUGAAUUUUCUCGAACAAUUUCUCCUGUGCAAAACAAUCUGGCAAAGGCCAUUUCAACAGCUUCAGGAACUGUGACUUCAUCAGUCACGGAUGCGGUUACUAUCAUGUCGGAUCCUGCGCAACAACAAAAUAUACAAGCCUCUGCAAAUCAGCUUCUCGGAACAUUUUCUGCUUGGUACUCACAAAAGCGUAAAGAUUGGAUUCCAAACACUGCAACGGCUUCUGGUUUAUCCCUAGAAGUAAAGGGGGAAGACACGGAGGAGGGCUAUCAACUUCUUGAGGUUGAUAGCCAGCAAUCCUCUCCUGCCUUGGCAAUCAAGGCACACGUUCUUGAAGAUUUGACACCUGAAAGCCCUGAGCUCCCCAUUCUUUCAAAAACUUCUAUUAGCGCUGCUGAUCACAAGGAUCCAAGCCUCCAUAAAGGUGCUAUGCAAAAUGAUAAAUCUGAUACUGCCAUUUCAUCAAACCAAUAA